AUGGAUCGCAGUUGGAUAUUAAAGUCAAAACCGGGUGAUCCCGAAUAUAUGGCCGGAGUAAAGGAAUUUAUCGAUUUUGCUGUUAAGAACUCUGGAGGUCGUACUAGGUUACCUUGUCCUUGUUUUAGGUGCCAUAAUUUUAUGCAUAAAAGAGUAGAUGAAAUACUUAAUCAUUUGAGCAAAUCGGCUUUUGAUAGAACAUAUACUGUUUGGAUGUGGCAUGGGGAGGAUAAGGAAGAUUCUUCUAGAAAAAACGUGCAGGAAGGUCCUACUGUCGAUGAAGGUGAUAGGUUAGAAGAUAUGUUGCGGGAUGUUCAUGAUAAGUUUGAUGAGAAUCCUUCUACGUUGGAGAAAUUGUUAGUUGAUUCUGAAAAGCCUUUGUACACAGGGUGUGAAAGGUAUACAAGAUUGUCAAGUGUACUUAGGUUAUAUAAUUUGAAGGCAGGUCAUGGGUUGAGCGAUGCAGGUUUUACUGAAUUCCUUGAAUUAGUGAAAGAUAUGCUUCCUAGUGAUAAUGUCCUUCCGAGUAAUACAUAUGAGGCAAAAAAGAUUCUGUCCUCAAUGAGCUUGUCUUAUGAAAAAAUCCACGCUUGCCCUAACGACUGCAUAUUAUAUAGAAAUGAACGUGAAUCAUUACAGAGUUGCCCAGUUUGCAAUGCCUCACGGUAUAAGAAGAAAGAAGGAGUUCUAGCUAAGGUUUUGUGGUACUUUCCUAUAAUACCAAGAUUUAAACGUUUUUUUUCAAAUGCGGGAGAUGCUGAAAAGUUGACAUGGCAUCAUAAUGGUCGAAUUAAGGAUGAUAAACUUAGACACCCAGCUGACUCCCCGCAAUGGAGGUUUAUUGAUGGAAAAUUCCCCGAGUUUGGUAAAGAAGAACGAAACCUACGCCUUGCAUUAUGCACCGAUGGUAUGAAUCCAUUUCGCUCCCUUAGUUCCACCUAUAGCACUUGGCCAGUAAUUUUGGUUACCUACAACCUACCUCCUUCACUAUGUAUGAAAAGAAAGUACAUGAUGCUUUCAUUGUUGAUUUCUGGUCCUAGACAACCAGGAAAUGACAUUGACAUGUACUUAGCUCCCCUCAUUGAUGAUUUGAAGAUGCUAUGGGAUUCAGGUGUAGAAGUGUAUGAUGCACACCGAAAUGAGACGUUUAACCUUAAAGCAAUGUUAUUUUGCACCAUUCAAGAUUAUCCAGCCUAUGGUAAUCUUUCUGGGUAUACUACGAAAGGAAAACACCCUUGUCCUAUAUGUGAAGAUGGUACAAGGGGAAAGUGGCUUCCAUCAUCUGGAAAGGAUAUCUUUGAUGUACAUCGUCGAUUUUUGCCAUAUGAUCAUCCGUAUCGUAAAUUGAAAAAGGCUUUUGACGGGCAACAGGAACUAAGGGGACGUUCAAGAGUCUUGAGUGGUACAGAGGUGUUUGAAAAGGUUAAAGAUAUUGAGAUUACAUUUGGAAAGAACCAUGGGACCAAACUUCCUAAACAGGGAUAUAAGAAAUGUUGCGAGUUAUGGCGUUUGCCUUAUUGGAGAUUUUUGUUUGUCAGACAUUCUCUAGAUGUGAUGCAUAUUGAGAAGAAUGUGUGUGAUAGCUUAGUUGGAACACUAUUGAAUAUCUCAGGAAAGACGAAAGACGGUGUUAGUGCUAGAGAAGAUUUAAAAGCAUUUGGGAUCAGAGAAGAACUCCACGUCGUUGAAAGAAACAAUAGAAAUUUUUUGCCUCCAGCUGCAUAUACACUGUCUAGGAAAGAGAAAAAAGAAUUUUGUGAAUGUUUAGCGGGUGUCAAAGUACCUGAGGGUUAUUCUUCUAAUAUUCGAAGUCUUAUUUCAAUGGGAAAUAUGAAGCUCGUGGGUCCUAAGUCUCAUGAUUGCCAUGUUUUGAUGCAACACUUAUUACCAGUGGCUAUUUGUUCAAUUUUACCUAAAAAAGUUCGAUUUGCUAUUAUCAGAUUAUGUUCUUUCUUUAAUGCAAUAUAUAGCAAAGUCAUAGAUCCUAAAGACUUGAAUUCUUUGGAAACUUCAAUUGUCAUCAUUCUGUGCCAAUUAGAGAUGUACUUCCCUCCAUCAUUUUUCGAUGUCAUGGUUCAUUUAACUGUUCAUUUGGUGAGAGAGGUAAGAUUUUGUGGUCCCGUUUAUUUGAGAAAUCAAUAUCCCUUUGAAAGGCAAAUGAAAACUUAUAAGGGAUAUGUCAAAAAUCACUUUAGACCGGAAGGUUGUAUUGCUGAGCGAGCCCUUUAUGAAGAUGCUGCUGGAUAUUGUAGUGAAUUUUUAGAAAAUGCGAAGACGAUUGGGCUUCCUAUAUCACGGCAUAGUGGAAGAAUGGAAGGAAAAGGUACUUUAGGUCAUAAGCAACUUGACUUGUCUCAUGAGCAGUGGUACAUGGCGCACACUUAUAUUCUCUUUAACGAGGAUGAUGAAGUUGCACCGUAUAUUAAGCAGCACAUUGCUUAUUUAAGGCAAUACAAUCGAAGAGGAAAUGAGAAAUCAUUACUAAGUGAACAUAACAAAUCAUUCAGCACAUGGUUGAAAACUCGAGUUAUGAAAGAGCUUGAAGAUUCAUCCCAUUCCAUUUCUGAUCGACUCAAGAAUCUAGCUUAUGGACCUAAUUUCAAUGCCUCUUUCUAUUCGGGAUAUGUCAUAAAUGGUUGUACAUUCUACACUAGAGAUCAAGAUGAAAAUAGCACUAUGCAGAACAGUGGGGUAACAGUUGAAGCUGAGGCUAUGCAUUUUGCUAGUUCUAAAGACAAGCAUCCUGUAUGUGGUAAAAUGUCAUAUUAUGGGGUCAUUCAGGAAAUCAUUGAGUUGCAAUAUAUUGGAUUUUCGAUACCGGUUUUUAGAUGCAAUUGGGUUGAUUCACAUGCCGGAGUCGAGUAUGAUGAGUUAGGCUUCACUUUAGUCAACCUUGACAAGCUUGGUCACAAGGAAGAUCCAUAUAUAUUAGCUAGUCAGGCGAAGCAAGUAUUUUACGUCACUGAUCCAGCUGAUAAGAAGAGGUCAGUCGUUAUAACACCAAGAUCUCGACAAGACAUUGAUGAUUAUGAUGAGGAUGUUGUUUUGGAAGAAAUACCGACAACUAAUAUUUUUCGAAACGAGGGUGUUCUUGACGAUGAGGUCGAAGAUUCAUCAACAUAUGUACGUGAUGACCAUGAAGAAGGUGAUUGGGUUGACAAAAUUAGUACUAAGGAUAAACCUAGAAAGCGUCGCCGUAAAAACAAGUGA